UGAAAUCGUUUUCUGGGUCUUGCGGGUCUUUUAAAAUUUUGGGUUUUGAAUUUUAAGUUUUAGAGUGUAAAUUAUAGUUGGGUGAUGAAAAGCACCAUAAAAAUUUUUCACAAUAAAAGGAAAAUACUCAAAUACUAUUCACCAUUACACCAUACCACCAUUGCCAUUGUUGUCGCCGCUGACACUGCCAUUGUUGUUCCAGAAAGCUUGUUCUGGAAUUAAUGAUUCGAAAGUCACUUUUACAAGAAUGUGGUUAUAUUUAGAAAUUGAAUUAAAUAUGUUUUUAUCUCUUAGUUAAGUAAAAUUAAAAUAAUUUUCUUUUGGAAACUUUCAAUCAAUUUAGUCCAAGUAAUUAGAAUUUUCUAACAACAGAACUAAAAUAAUGUGAGAAUGAAGUAAACCUUUUGGAAGACAGAUUGAGCGAUAACCCAUUCCUCACCAACCACGCACGCGAUCGCAAAGUUUGAAAAUUGAAUUCUGAUGUUGAAUUUUGUGCAGAUAAGGUGUUUGAAAUAUAGAGAGAAUUGAGAAGGGCGUUGAUCGGAUCGGCAGAGAAAGGAGAAUGAGUUUGACGGCAUCAGAGAUAACGAAGAAGCUGAAUCUGCAGCCUCACCCAGAAGGUGGCUUCUACAUCGAAACAUUUCGAGACCAUUCCGUUCAUCUUUCCACCUCUCAGCUCCCGCCGGAAUACAAAGUCGAUCGCCCUGUCUCCACCUCCAUCUACUUCCUCCUUCCCUCCGGAACCUUUUCUCGCCUCCAUCGCAUACCCUGCGCCGAAACAUGGCAUCAUUACAUCGGCGACCCUCUCACCAUUGUGGAAUUGGAUGAGAAAGAUGGGAGUGUGAAGUUCACUUGCCUUGGAUCGGAUCUCGGUGAGAAUCAGAUGCCGCAGUACACGGUCCCUCCCAACGUCUGGUUUGGCUCCUUUCCCACCAACGAUUACUCCUUCUCCACCGAUGGUGUCUUCAAAACUGCUGCUGCACCUCCCAGAGACGGUGAGAGGAACUACUCUCUUGUAGGAUGCACCUGUGCACCUGCGUUUCAGUACCAGGACUUCGAGCUCGCUAAACCUUCUUACCUCCUCGCUCGCUUCCCCCAUUUCGAGCCUCUCAUCACCACUCUCACGUUCCCUGAGUGACUCCCUCACCGCGCCAUUCUCACUUUCUUUCAUACCGUCUCUGGUAAUAUGUAUUUUAUACUGCUUUUCAGAAUCCAAUAAUUAUGAAUAUAUAUAUAUAUGAAUGUAUAUAUUCUCACUUUCAUGGGAAUAAUUUGGAAAUGGUAACUUAUGUUCGUCCUUUCUGAA